UCCAAACUUACUAAGCUACUAAAGAGAAACUUCAUUUUUCUCAAAACUUGCAUUAUUAUCUAAAUUAUUCAUAGCAUAAAAAUGCUGAAUAUUGAGAGGAGACCCUCACAAAUUCAGGCUCCCACCUAUGGAAAUCUAGUCACAAUUCUCAGCAUCGACGGCGGUGGCAUUCGAGGAAUUAUUCCAGCAAUUAUCCUCCAUAAUCUCGAAUCUCAACUUCAAGAGUUGGAUGGAGAAGAUGCAAGACUGGCGGACUACUUCGACGUGAUCUCCGGGACAAGCACCGGCGGGCUUGUGACGGCCAUGUUGGCGGCUCCCGGCGAGAAUGGCCGCCCGCUUUAUGCAGCUAGAGAUAUUAAGCCUUUCUACCUGAAAAACGGUCCCAGGAUUUUCCCACAGAAGAGAGGAUGGUUUUGCAAAAUAUGGCAGUUGGUUAGAUCUGUGUUUCGCCCCAAAUACGAUGGAAAGUACCUGAAGAGUGUGGUGAAGGAGGAGUUGAAAGACAUCCGCCUAAAAGACACUCUCACCAACGUUGUUAUUCCCGCUUUUGACAUCAUGCAUUUGCAGCCUGUCAUCUUCUCCACUUACGAGGCUAAGAGAUGCCCAAAAAUGGAUGUUUAUUUGUCAGACGUUUGCAUUGGCACUUCAGCCGCUCCCACAUACCUUCCUGCUCAUUAUUUCAAGGUUGAAGAUCCCAAACAUGGAACUCAACCGCGCUGCAGAGAAUAUAAUCUUAUCGACGGCGGCGUUGCCGCAAACAAUCCGACACUGGUAGCCAUAAGCCAAGUGACCAAACAGAUUUUCGACAACAACCCAGACUUCUUCCCCAUCAAGCCCAUGGAUUUCCGCCGUUUUCUUGUCAUAUCUAUAGGGACAGGAGCUGCUAGAAAUGAGUACAAGUAUAAUUCUAAGAAGGCGGCUAAAUGGGGCAUUCUCAGCUGGUUACUUCACAAAAGCACAACACCAUUGGUCGAAGUAUUCAUGCAGUCCAGUGCAGACAUGGUGGACCUCCAUAACUCCGUGGUUUUCCAGGCUCUCAAUUCUGAAGAUUGUUAUCUCAGAAUUCAAGAUGAUGAAUUGUGUGGAACAUGUACAAUAUCUUCUGUGGAUGCAGCCACUAAGGAAAAUUUAGAGAAAUUGGUGGAAACUGGGGAGAAGCUGCUGAAGAAACCAGUUUCCAGGGUAAAUUUAGAGAUUGGUGUCAGUGAACCAAUUGCAAAUUCUGGCACAAAUGAAGAUGCUCUCAAGAGGUUCGCAAGGUUACUAACAAAUGAAAAGAGACUUAGAGAAUCGAGGUCUCCGCUUACUAGUUGUAAAGGCCAAGGCAAAGUAAAAUAUCCUAUCAAUUGAGCAAGCCACUGGAU